AUGAGCCAAGCACCCCGUGCAAACCGGGGCCACAGGGAGAGGAAUGGGGACCACCGGCAGCCCCGCGAAUCACAUGAGGAUGACCGCUCAUCAGCUGACAGGUCAUCUUCCCGACCGCCUUACUACAACAGAGAUCAAGACCGUUCUCCCAAACGUGCACGGGACAUACCGCGUGGUGAAUAUAGUGACUCCAAAUGCACGCACAUGUGCUCAAGGAGAGGUAUCGUUCUGAUCUGUUCUGUGCUGACCAAUGGCUUGGUCCUGAUCUGCGUGGUCGCCGCCCAGAUGGUAACUACAGGAUUAUCUUCCAUGGGCGGGCUCGGCAGCUUCGACAUCAACUCCAACUUUAACCUGCAAGGCACCGAGUUGCAGAAGGUGCGUGAACUGGACAUGCAGUACAGCCAGAUGAGAGCGCCGGGAAUCUACGGCGGUGUCGCGUUCAGCCUGACGAUGGGUGUAAUCUCGCUGCUUUUUGUAGUGGCAGGCAACAAGCCCCCUCACCAUUUGUCGCGAAAGCUUCUUUAUGGGGCGCUGAUAUUUCAGGCAGUAGGAGCCGCGGCCUAUGUGGUGGCUGUCGGUCUGUACCUGCACUUCGUCAUCGGUGUCAAUGCCACUGAUAUUUGCCAGCAGCGGGAACGGCUGUACGCGCGAAACGGGUACACAUGGAUGAACUGCGAUGUCAGUGGGGCGGAUGCGGCCGUCGCCUUAUUUGGACUCAUCACGGCCAUCUUAUACACGGCCGGGACUGUGCUUACCAUCCAGACUAUUCGUUGGGUGAGGCAGUACCUGCAGGAACGGAAACGGCGGCAAGUGGAGAGAGAGCAACCCAGAUCCCACCCACAUAGAGCCCCUUUAAGGGCUGAAACCACCUCUGUGUAA